AUGAAAUACAGACAACAUAUGCACAUUUCUACAAAUUUAAUUUGAUAUAUCCCAUUAAUAAUGACCUGGAAUGCACUAAGAAUCUCUCGUUUUUCUCCUCACAUCUCUUACCAGUUUUUCAUUUAUAAUCCCUAUUAACAGUGUUUACUGGAAUGUAGUCAUCAUUGAAGUCUUCAGUUCAUCAUUGAAUUCAGUCAUGUCAUCAUCCAGCUCAGUUCAGUUUAAAUAGUAUCUGUGCAAUAAGUAUAAGUAUCUGUGCAAUCGGUUCGACGAUAUCGCUGGAAAUAGCGAUAGUGAAAAUAGUGUCCCCAACUAAGCAAGCCAGAGUCGGCAGCGGCAAGGAACCAAAACUCCAUCGGUGACAGAAUGGAGAAAGAACCUUGGUAGAAACCAGGCUCAGUCGGGGGGCCAGUUCUCCUCUCCUCAGAACCAGCAGUUUGUGCUGAGGACUCAUCUGGUUCCUGAGGUCUUCUCCCGUUGGCCGUCUAGGAGACAAGGUCUUCACUGGGUCUCUUCACUGGAUGAGUCUCUGGGGCUCAUCUAGUUGUCCUGAUCUCCGCUGACAUUCAGGGCUGUAGAGGUCGUCUCUAGGUGCUGAUCCACCAUCUGGUCAGGAUCCGGGUGACUGCAGUGACCAUCUGAUCUCGAUAUAGACUGGAUCUGGUGGCUAAGGUAAAAUGGUCCAGAGAAAACUAUCACCACAGUCUCAGCUCACCAUACUCUCUUCGCCUGGCAUCUGCAGAUGCAGCAGGGAAGAUUAUUGUGUGGGAUGUGGUGAGUGGUAUGGCACACUGUGAGAUCCAGGAACACACCAAACCUAUUCAGGAUAUGGACUGGCUGUGGGCUCAGGAUGCUUCUCGUGAUCUUCUUCUGGCUAUCCACCCUCCCAACUAUAUUGUUCUGUGGAAUGGAGACACUGGCACCAAGCUUUGGAAGAAGAGCUAUGCUGAGAACAUCCUGUCUUUCUCCUUUGACCCCUUUGAGCCCUCCAAUCUGGCAUUGCUAACCAGUGAGGGUAUAGUGUUUAUCACAGAUUUCUCACACUCUAAACCGCCGGGAAGUGGAGGUAAGAAAGUUUACAUCGCCAGUCCUCAUUCCAGCCCUGCCCAUAGCAAACCUGCUGCGGCUCAACCUACCGGUGCCAAAAAGGCUCUCAAUAAGGUCAAAGUGCUCAUCACCAAUGAGAAACCCACGGCUGAAGCAGUGACUCUUAAUGACUGUCUCCAGCUGUCAUAUCUACCAUCUAAGAGGAAUCACAUGUUACUGUUGUACCCCAGAGAAAUCCUCAUCCUAGACUUGGAGCUCAGUCAGACCGUUGGAGUGGUUGCCAUCGAGCGCUCUGGUGUACCCUUUAUACAGGUGAUUCCUUGUGCCCAGAGAGAUGCUCUUUACUGCCUCCACGAGAACGGUUGCAUCACACUGCGUGUGUGCCGUUCCACAACACCUUCUCCUAAUGAAACAGUGAUUGAUCCAGAGCAGAAUGUCCAAGAGUUGGUAUACGAUCUCCGCUCCCAGUGUGACGCCAUCCGUGUGACUAAGACAGUGCGGCCCUACCGAGUGGUUAUCUGUCCUGUCAACGAGAACAGUGCCGCCCUCGUAGUCAGUGAUGGAAGGAUAAUGCUGUGGGAGCUCAAAGCUCAUGCCAGUAAAUCAACUUUAAGCCUGAGUUCUGGCUUGCCACCUUUGUAUUCUCCCGUAAAUUUUUGUGGAACACCUUUACAUCAGAAUCAAAAAUGCAUCCCGGAUCUUUCUCUGAAUACAAUGAUAGGUCACAGUCUGAUUUCUGGAGUGGACUCCCCACGACCCCUGGCAGGUCAACAAGAAGUACAUCUGAAGUUCCUGUUGACAGGUCUGCUGUCUGGCCUGCCCUUGCCCCCAUUCUCCCUCCGGAUGUGCCCUCCGCUUACCACAAAGAACAUCAACCACUACCAGCCCUUAUUGGCUGUGGGUACAAGCAAUGGCUCUGUGCUGGUGUACAACUUGACCAGUGGCCUCCUGCACAAAGAGCUAAGUGUCCAUUCCUGUGAAGUCAGAGGAAUCGAAUGGGUUAGUUUGACUAGUUUUCUGUCCUUCGCCACCUCUGUUCCCAACAACCUUGGUCUUGUGAGGAAUGAACUGCAACAUGUGGACUUACGCACAGGGCGGUGCUUUGCAUUUCGAGGUGAACGUGGGAACGAUGAACCAGCCAUUGAAAUGAUUAAAGUGUCACAUCUGAAGCAGUACCUGGUGGUGGUGUUUAGAGAUAAACCUUUGGAACUCUGGGAUGUCCGCACAGGAACCUUGCUGCGUGAGAUGGCCAAGAACUUCCCUACUGUCACUGCCCUGGAGUGGUCUCCAUCACAUAACCUUAAAAGUCUGAAGAAAAAGCAGCUUGCUGCACGAGAGGCCAUGGCCAGACAGACCACCCUCGCUGAUGCUGAGCAGAGCAGUGUGGAGUCCUCUGUCAUCAGUCUGUUGCAGGAUGCUGAGAGUAAAUCUGAAAUGAGUCAGGGCAUAUCAGCUCGAGAACACUUUGUGUUUACUGACACAGAUGGUCAGGUCUAUCACAUCACCGUGGAAGGCAACACUGUAAAGGAUGGGGCACGUAUUCCACCUGAUGGCAGUAUGGGAAGCAUUGCCUGUAUUGCAUGGAAAGGAGACACCCUAGUUCUGGGAGAUGUAGAUGGAAACCUCAAUUUUUGGGACCUAAAGGCUCGUCUUUCAAGGGCUGUACCUACACACCGUGGGUGGGUGAAGAAGAUUCGUUUUGCUCCUGGGAAAGGCAACCAAAAACUCUUGGUGAUGUACACAGAUGGAGCUGAGGUCUGGGAUACCAAAGAGGUGCAGAUGGUGAGCAGCAUCAGAGUGGGGCGGAAUGUGAAUUAUAGGAUUCUGGAUAUUGACUGGUGUACAUCAGAUAAAGUAGUACUGGCAUCAGAUGAUGGCUGUGUGAGAGUUCUGGAGAUGGCCAUGAAGUCUGCCAGUUAUAGAAUGGAUGAGCAGGACCUGACAGAUCCAGUAUGGUGUCCCUAUCUUCUACUGCCACGUGCUGCUCUCACACUGAAGGCCUUUCUGCUACUGCAGCCAUGGUCCGAUACAUUCACCAUGGACAUCACUCAUGUAGACUACAAAGAAAAAGAUGAAAUCAAGGGGCUGAUCCAGGAACAGCUCAACUCUCUUUCUAAUGACAUCAAAAGCGUUCUCCAGGAUCCAAAUCUGAACUUGCUACAACGCUGCCUCCUUGUGUCUCGGCUGUUUGGUGAUGAAUCAGACCUUCAGUUUUGGACGGUGGCUGCUCAUUACAUCCAGUCUUUUUCCCAGAGCUGCCAGCCCAGCGGAUCUGUCCCAGAAGGCCAAACACCAGCUGAGGGCCCUCAGAGCAGCCACCUGGACAUUUGCCAUGACAUCCUAUGUGAAAGCUCUUUCUUCCAGAGGUUUCAGCUGGAGCGUGUUCGUCUACAAGAAGUGAAACGAUCCAGCUAUGAACAUACCAAAAAGUGUGCCGACCAGCUUCUGCUGCUGGGACAGACGGACCGUGCAGUGCAGUUGCUUUUGGAGACCAGUGCAGAUAACUCCAGCUACUACUGUGACUCUCUCAAAGCCUGUCUGGUGACCACCAUCACCUCAUCCGGCCCGUCUCAGAGCACCAUUAAACUGGUGGCCACAAAUAUGAUUGCAAAUGGAAAGCUGGCAGAGGGUGUGCAGUUGCUCUGCCUGAUCGACAAAGCAGCAGAUGCUUGUCGUUAUCUGCAGACGUAUGGCGAGUGGAACCGUGCUGCCUGGCUGGCCAAGGUGCGUCUGAACCCAGCAGAAAGUUCAGAUGUGUUGAAGCGCUGGGCAGAGCAUCUGUGUUCUUCUCAGGUAAAUCAGAAAUCUAAGGCCAUCAUGGUCCUGCUCUCAUUAGGAUGCUUUCACAAAGUGGGCGAGAUGCUUCACAGCAUGAGAUAUUUCGACCGUACUGCACUCUUUAUUGAAGCCUGCUUGAAAUAUGGUGUGAUGGAGACAAAUGACGACAUUAAUAAGCUUAUAGGUGCAGCCUUUGUGGAAUACGCUAAGCUGCUUCGCUCCAUCGGGCUGAAACAGGGUGCUGUGCUAUGGGCGUCUCGUGCUGGAGAGGCGGGAAAGGAGCUGCUAAAUGAGCUGUCCCAAACAGAGAGUAUGGGGCUAGAGCCCAGCCCCAGUGAGGAGGAAGUGGACAAAUCUCUUGGCAAUAUAGAAUGACUUGCCCCAAGUACACCAGUGGGGGAAAGAGAGGAUAUGUAAAGAAAAACUUAAAUAAAGAUGCAGCAUAAUAUCUUUAAAAAAUAUCUAUUAUUGCACCCACACGCUUAAAAAAUAAAGGUGCUUCACGAUGCCAUAGAAGAACCUUUUUUGUCUAAAUGGUUCCAUAAAGAACCUUUAAUAUCUGAAGAAACUUUCUGUUUCGCAAAAGGUUCUUUGUGACAAAAGAAGGUUCUUCAGAUUAUAAAAAGGUAAGAAAGAGAUGGUUCUUUAAAGAACCUUUGACUGAAUGGUUCUUUGUGGAACCAAAAAUGGUUCUUCAAUAGCACUGCUGUUAAGAACCUUUUAAGCACCUUUAUUUUUAAGAGUGCAUAAGCAUGCAGGUAGUCGACAAACACAUCUUUUCAUUCAAAUUAUUUGUCUGGAUUCUUAGUUAUUUUUUACAAUUAUCUGCUGGUUGUGAGCUGUGUUGUACCCCAAGACAUUCCCUUAGCACCUGUUAUCAUGCUGUAAUGUAUUCCAAACCUGUUCUUGCACUUGUUUUAUCAACUAAAUAUUGUCAUAGUGAAUUAAAACGAUCUCAAAUAAUAAUGUUAAAAAUUCAUUAAAAAUACAUUUUGAGAAUCUUUAAAAUGAGUUUAUAUGUGUUGGACAUGAAAUAUGCCUAAAAUUUCAAAUGAAUGGUGUGUUAAAGGAUUCAUUUCAUGAAACACCCAGUUUCACCCCAAAUUAUAUAUAUAUGUCUAUAUAUAUAUAUAUAUAAUUUUUUUUUUUUUUUUAUAUAUAAUUUUUUUUUUUGGAUGUUGUGGUGAAUUAUGACCCAGACAUAUUUUUAAAGGUUUCAAGAGUAUCACUGUAAGUUCUCUAAAUGGCUCUAAAUGGUUAAAAUUUGAAUGCAAAAACAUAAGGUGGGUGCAGCUGUUUAUGUUGUGUAUGACUUUCAUUGGUUAAUUUUGGCUUGUUGGCUAUAUUUAACAAGUCAUAAAAUGUAAUAAAGAUAUUGUCCUGUUGAAAUAAGAUGUCACCACAUCCUUGAUAUUUGUGGCACCAACUUUGUGUCUGUGAUUUACAAAUGAGUUGUUGUUUUGUUUUGUUUUUAAUGAUUAAUUCAUUUGUUGAUUUAUGAUUGUUGGAAUGACCUGCCUUGUAUGAUCGUGAGUAAUGAUUUGUCAUGACUUCAUAAUUUAAGUGUUGUUCCUAUUUAAACAUUUGUCAUGAAUGUUCCAGGUGUUUCAGCUUACUGUAUGGAUAUAUGUAUAUAGGUAAAGCAAUAAAUAUAGCUUGUACCAUC